CUGGCGCAGGCCUCUUGGCGGAGAUUUUGGCAUUGCUGGGGUCUAUUUACCCAGCCUGAAGCUGGGGCCGGAGGUGAGCGCACCGCUAUGGCUGAGCUCAGCUGGCUUCCUCGCAGCACAGAGGCGGGGCUGCGGUGCAGCGACUCUGCCCACGUGACCGUCGCCAGCGCCAGUGAAGUAGGCACCGCGGUGCCCGGGUCUUUGCUCCCUUUGCAGUGUGCAAAGGCUGUGGCCGUGCAGAGGGACCCGGCCCUGGGUAUGACUUUUGAGGAUGUGGCCAUUCACUUCUCCCAGGAAGAGUGGGUGCUCCUUGAUGAGGCUCAGAGGCUCCUGUACUGCAGUGUGAUGCUGGAAAACUUUGUGCUUGUGGCAUCCUUGGGUUCCUGUCAUGUGAUGGGGAGUGAAGAAAUAACUUCUGAGCAUGACGUGCCUAUAGAAGGGGUGACGUCUAUGGCAAGUCCAUCUACCCAGGAAACUCAACUCUUUGAGAUGAGCAUUCCAGCUUUACACUCAGCUGAGAUCGAAAACACACAUCCUGUGCAAAAACUGUACUUGAGCAAAACCAGUGUGAAAAGCCUCUGCUUGAAUGAGGACCUUAACCAGCAGUGGGAUAAUUACAAUGGAGAAAAGCCCUGCGAUCUCGAUGCUGACGGUGCCUCAUGUAGGUCAAGCUGCAGACUCCAUGUGUUGAUAAAGCCAUCCUUUGGGAAGGAUGGGGAGGACUUCCCAGCCACCGUAGGCUGUCUUCAGCAGCUGGCUGCUUGCAAUGGUGAGCAACCUCACACUAGCCCCAGCAAGUGUGGGGAAGCAUUUUUGAGUGGAGAAAAACAGAAGGGCAGUGAAUGCCAAAAAGUUUCGAGCCACAAACACACACUUGUUCUUCAUCAGGCUGCCUCCUCUGGAAAAGGGCUUUAUGAACACAACAAGUUUGAGAAAGCCGUCCCCCGCAAGCGCACACUUGUUCAGCACCAAGACGGUCACAUUGGACAAAGGACAUAUGAGCGUAGUCAGCAAGAGAAAUCCUUUAACAAAAAAGGUCACCUCCCUGCCCAUGAUAGAACUCAUGCUCGAGAAAGACCCUAUAAGUGCAGUGAAUGUAGAAAAGCCUUUAUCUACAAAUCCGAACUCGUUUACCAUCAAAGACGUCAUAGUAGAAGAGUACAUUAUGAGUGUGGGGAAUGUAGGAAAUCCUUUACCUACAAAUCCAACCUCACUGAACACCAGCGAAUUCACACUGGAGAAAGGCCUUAUCAGUGUGAUGAAUGUGGGAAAUCCUUCAGACAGAGCUCUAGCCUCUUUAGACAUCAGAGAGUUCACACUGGAGAAAGGCCUUAUGAGUGUUAUGAAUGUGGGAAAGCCUUUAGACAAAUCUUCAAUCUCAUUCGACACAGAAGAGUUCACACUGGAGAAAUGCCGUAUCAGUGCAGCGAUUGUGAUAAAUCUUUUAGCUGCAAAUCCGAACUCAUUCAACAUGAGAGAAUUCACAGUGGAGAAAGGCCGUAUGAGUGUAGUGAAUGUGGGAAAUUGUUUAGGCAGUUCUCCAACCUCAUCCGACACAAGAGUGUUCAUACCGGUGAUAGGCCUUAUGAAUGCAGUGAGUGUGAGAAAUCCUUUAGUCGCAAAUUUAUCCUCAUUCAACACCAAAGAGUUCACACUGGAGAAAGGCCUUAUAAAUGUGGGGAAUGUGGGAAAUCCUUCACUCGGAAAUCUGACCUCAUCCAACACCGGAGAAUUCAUACUGGCACAAGACCUUAUGAGUGUGAUGAGUGUGGGAAAUCAUUUAGGCAACGCUCUGGACUCAUUCAGCACCGGAGAGUUCACACUGGAGAGAGGCCUUAUGAGUGUAGUGAGUGUGGAAAAGCAUUUAGCCAGAGUGCUAGCCUUAUUCAACACCAGAGAGUUCACACUGGAGAGAGACCUUAUGAGUGUAGUGAAUGUGGAAAAUCCUUCAGCCAAAGCUCUAGCCUGAUUCAACACCAGAGAGGCCACACUGGAGAAAGGCCUUAUGAAUGUAGUGAAUGUGGGAAGCCCUUUACCCACAAGUCUGACCUCAUUCAACACCAAAGGGUUCACACUGGGGAAAGACCUUAUGAAUGCAAUGGCUGUGAGAAAUCCUUUAGCCGCAAAUCUAAUCUUGUUCGACACCAGAGAGUUCACAUUUAAGAAAGGUCUUCGUCGUUUAAGAAAUGUGCUGUUUCAUAAAUUAGCGUAUUAACACUGUAGGAAAUUAGCGGCCUUCUCUAUGUUUAAUUUAUGUGGGAAGCUUUGUUGAGAUUCAUUACAGAUUCUAGUAUGCCUAGGGCUAUAUUCUGAUUUAUGUUCCUGACAGUGUCUGUGGUACAAACUAUGUCACCAUUACCGCCUGGAAAGUUCACGUUUAUGUGGAUAAGUUAGCACUGCAGCAUGCUUAGAGGUCCAAAUGCCUGCACUGUCUGCUUGGGUCUCAGCCUUUGGAAACACCUUAUUUCUUUGUAUUUUCCUUUAGGGCAUGAAUCUUACUUAGUUUGGGUCUAGAAGACCUGGUCUGACUUGUGCUUCCAACCUGCUAAGAAAGAUUAUCUUGUUCACGGGGGAAUUUUAUCUUUAUGCUUAAAUAUUUCCAGAUUUGAAUUUACCAGCUUGGAAAAUGCAUGCUGCCCAUUACUCCAGUUUAUGUUUUUGUAAAGGUAAUUUUGUUUAUGCAUGUUUAGGCUUGAAGGUUCUGUUUGUUUUGUGGGAUGACUUAUGAGCUGAUUAAUGAUGUCAGCAUGAAGCGGUGAAUCAGUUUUAUGGACAUCCUAACUGUGCUUCAGAAGGCAAGGUACAGUGACAGAGCAGCUCUCUGCAGCAUUGGUCUGAUUUUCAUUGCUGACCACACCCUCAAAGGUAAGACAGUAGGACUUUGUGUUCCAGACUUGUGGACAGUUGCUAAUUGUGAGGUUGGAGAGCAUGGUGUAAAGGAGAAUUGUGACAAUCCCAAGUGCUUCUUUAAAACACAUGACUAAUUUUAUUCACUUUGCCAUUGGGAUGUCACAUAAGCUCUACCAGUGUUGAAGAUUAACUCUUCUGCAGGUCUGGCACUGGAGUCAGAUGUACAGAACUGUGUAGGCUAGCAUGGUUGUAAUUGGAACGGGAACUGAGUUAAUAAGAGAUAGCAGGUUAGAUGGAACCUACAUCUUUUUAAAAAUGAUUUUUUAUAUUGUGUGUUUGUCUAUGUGUAUAGGUGUAUGUGCAGUAUAGCUCAUGUCAAGGUCAGGAUUGCAUGUGGAGGUUGGACAACUCGUGGAGUCAGUUCUCUCCUUCCGUCAUGCCUGUCCCUUUACCUGUGCUAUCUGCUCAUUUGCUUGGGAAUAUGCUUCUUUUAAAAGUCCAUCACGCAUGUUCUAGAGAUUUUGUGUGAAUAAACAAAUUCUCGAGAUAAGCACCACUAUUUCCUGACUGUAGUUUUUGGAAAAGAAAAAUAGUGGUAAGUUUGGGGGGAUUCUUGUACCCUCUCUGGGGUGUUCUGUUGUGGGCCACAGCUCUGCAGGCAGUAAAACAAGAGGAGGAUGAGUCUGUAGUCCAGUGAUAGGAUUCUGAACUAGCUGUGAUUUAAGGAGCAGUAACUUUUAGAACCUAAAAUAUUUGUUGCCAAUGAAGCAAGGUUGCUCCUCUCAGGGUCAAAGGAAAGAGAUGAUGGAAUUCAUAUCAGGCUGGGAACCUACAUUUUCAAGAAAAGUGUGUCAUCCAUGUGUAUUAUUUUGAGCUCUUCAUAGUUUCAUUUAACUAUUUGUUUAAUUGACUUUGACAAAGAACAAUGGCAUGGCACUGUGGCAUGUGCCUGUUCCUCCAGUCGCUAGGGAGGCUGAGGAAGGAGCAUCUCUUGAGCCCAGAAGACCAGCCUGGGCAACAUAGCAGGAUCCUAGCUCAAAAACACAAAUAAUAAAUUGUUUUAGAAAACCAAUUUGAUAGUCUUGAAAUUAUCAUUAUCUUUAUGAAAAUGAACUUACCUGUCACUUGUGUAUUUAUCUUGUGCCCUUUUUUAUCUUCUAUUUCCCAGUCCCCCUGAAAACCACUGAUUUUCUUUACAAUAAAUUAACUCAUACUUUCUAGAAUUUUAAAUUAUCGUCAUCAUGUUUGCAUGUGUGUGUGUGUGUGUGUAUAUGUUAUAAUUUUUUUGACAUUCAGUGAUAAUGCUUAUUGAAAAGUUGUGGAGUAGCAUUUUGUUGUAUGGAUAAACUGCUGUUUGUCCAUUAAUUUAUUUCAGUACUUCCUAUUAUUUAUACACUUUACAUAUUACAGAUAAAGAUGCUGUGACUAUUUCAGUUUUUAUAUGGAUAUGCAUCUUAUUUACCUUGUUAAUAAAAUGUUAGAUGUUAAAAGGUGUUAAUAGCUAAAAUAUAAUGUUGGGGUGGAUUUUUUUAUAUUUUGUUUAUUAUUUUUAUUUAUUUUAUGUGUAUGAGUGUAUUGCCUGCAUAUGUAAGUGCACCCCUGUCUUGCAAAGCCCGUGGAGGUCAGAAGGAGGGUAUCAGAUCUCCUGGAACCGGAGUUAUGGAUGGUUGUUAGCUGCCGUGUGGUUGCUGAGAAUUGAACUCAGGUCCUCUGCAAGAGCAGCCAGUGCUCUUAACCGCUGAGGCAUCUCUCCAACCCCAUAGGUGAAUAUUUUAAGAGUAAUUUAGGAAAUGAUUGAUUCUGAUCUCUUUGCUUCCCAUUGCGUCCUCUCCAGCAGUGUGUGAAGGCUGCAGUUCCUUACCAUCCUGACCUGUACACCAUAUGGCUAAUGCUUUUAAACGUUAGCCUAUUUAGUAAAUGAAUAGUGACAUUUCACUGUGGAUUAAUGGCAUCUCCCUAAGAAUACUAAUAUUGAACACGUUUUCAUGUGCUUAUUGGCCACCUGUACAUCUGUAAUAAAAUGUUCCUAUCUUUUUCCCUGAUUUUCCUUCAAUGAAUUUAUUAUUUUAACAGAUAAGGAGAUAUGACAAUAAAGAUAUGUACAGGAAUUUCA